AACCCCUUCACCAUGGCCGAGACCAGCAUCUACCCGCGCGCCGAGCUUGACGGCCACAACGGCAAGGCCGUGACGGCUAUCGCCACUACCCGCGAGAACCCCAACCUGCUUCUGACUGCCUCGCGCGACAAGUCGCUGCUUGUGUGGCAGCUGUCCAACGACGGCGAGGAGUACGGCUUCGCCCGUCGCCGCCUGCAGGGCCACUCGCACUACGUGGAGGACGUUGUCAUCUCGUCGGACGGUCAGUUCGCUCUGUCCGGUUCGUGGGACGGCACCUUGCGUCUGUGGGACCUGAACACGGGCAUCACCACGCGUCGCUUCGUGGGACACACCAAGGACGUGCUGUCUGUGGCCUUCAGCGCCGACAACCGUCAGAUUGUUUCGGGCUCGCGUGACAAGACCGUCAAGCUAUGGAACACUCUGGGUGAGUGCAAGUACACCAUCACUGAGGACGGCCACACCGAGUGGGUCUCGUGCGUGCGUUUCUCGCCCUCGACCGCCAACCCGCUCAUCGUGUCGUGCGGCUGGGACAAGGUCGUCAAGAUCUGGAACCUGUCGAACUGCAAGCUCCGCACCAACCUGUUCGGCCACGAGGGUUACCUUAACACGGUAACUGUGUCCCCCGAUGGAUCCAUCUGCGCUUCGGGUGGCAAGGACGGCACUGCCAACCUGUGGGACCUGAACGAGGGCAAGCGCCUCUACUCGCUGGUGGCUGGCGACGUCAUCCACGCUCUGAUCUUCUCGCCCAACCGCUACUGGCUGUGCGCUGCCACCACGUCGGGCAUCAAGAUCUGGGACCUCGAGUCGAAGAUCGUCGUGCACGACCUGCAGCCUGAGAUCGAGGAGCCCAAGGGCAAGUACGCUCAGCCCCCGCACUGCAUCUCGCUGGCCUGGUCGGCUGACGGCUCCGUGCUCUUCUCGGGUUACACGGACGGUAUCGUCCGCGUGUGGGCCGUGGGCAACUAAGCGUUCAAGCGUCUUUAGCUGUCUAAGGGUGGUAGUGUAGAAAUUGGUUUUCAACAUGACAUCCUGGGAGUUUUUCACCUUC